AUGGCAACUACAGCAGCUGGUCAUGAUGACGAGCCGUUGCCAGAUACAAUAUAUGUUCAAGGCAUGGUGAAUUUCCAUGGAGAAAAGAUCAACCAUAAUGGUGGAUUUGGUGGAUGGAAAUCUGUUGUUCGGGUUAUUACAGUUGGUAGCAUUGAUUCGUUCAUCUUUUAUGGAAUGGCUUCUAACCUUAUUAGUUUGUUAACUACAAAAUUAGGACAAUCUACUGCAACAGCUGCAGUGAAUAUCAAUGCUUGGUCCGGUUUCGUGUAUCUGCUCCCGUUAUUGACUUCAUUUGUUGCUGAUUCUUAUCUUGGCAGAUUUCGUACCAUCUUAUUCUCCUUACUCAUCUAUAUAUCGGGGCUUGUGUUGUUAACUCUAUAUACUUCAUUACAAUCAGCUUCCUGUUCUAAGAACGCCAAAUAUAUCAUCUCCUGCUCUUCUCCUUCUACCUUGCAACUUUUCUUCUGCUUCUCAUCUUUGUAUCUAGUCGGAAUUGGGAUCGCCGUAUGCAAGACCUGUGCACCAGCUUUUGGUGCAGAUCAAUUUGACGAGCUAAAUCCUGGCGAAUCCAAGUCCAAGAGUUCAUUCUUUAAUUGGUGGCAAAUCGGACUAUCUGUUGGAGCUAGUAGUUCUCACUUGGUAUUGAACUAUAUCCAAGACAAUUUGGGUUGGGGACUUGCAUUUGGCAUUUCAUGCAUCACAAUGGUAACAACGCUAAUUGUUUUCUUGUCCGGAACUAAAUCUUAUCGCUAUAUUUUGAAAAGUGACCACAAAGAGAAAAAGGAGACGCUUUCUAAUAUUUUUAAGGUUAUACUGCCGCUGCUUCCACUAUGGAUUAUAUGUUUGAUGUAUACAGUAGUGGAUGCUCAAAAUGUUACCUUCUUUACUAAGCAAGGGAGCACUAUGGACAGAACGACUGGUCAACCAGACUUUAAGAUACCUGCAGCUGCAGUUCAGUCCUUGAUUGGUUUAUCCAUUAUUCUGUUCACAACAUUGUAUGACCGUGCAUUUGUUCCGUUUGCUCAAGCUUUUACUGGCAAACCUAAUGGCAUAACCACACUUCAGAGAAUUGGUGGUGGCAUAGUUAUUUCUGCCAUAUCCAUGGUCAUAGCAGCUAUAGUGGAGCAUCGAAGGCUUCGAAUCGCUUUAGAAUCCGGGUUGAUUGCUGAUAAAACGGCAACAAUUCCUAUGGCUGUCUGGUGGUUGGUUCCGCAGUACGUCUUGUCCGGUCUUGCUAUUGUAUUCACUUCUGUUGGUCUACUAGAGUUUUUCUAUGAUGAAGUUCCUAAUGAGCUAAGAAGUGUGGGUCUUUCGCUUUACUCUACCAUAUUUGGCGUAGGAAGCUUACUCAGUGGCUUACUUAUAUCGGUUAUUCAGAAGGCAACUAGUGCAGGUGGUGAAUAUGGAUGGUUUGCAAACAACAUUAACCAAGGUCAUUUAGAUUACUUUUACUGGUUACUAGCUGGACUUGACCUGGUAGGGUUUGUUGCAUUCUUAUGCUUCUCAAAAUUUUAUGUAUAUAAACGAAAAGCUCCAAUGUAG